UCCAAGUUGCUUUCCAUUGUUGGAGCAGCAAAAGAGCCUGCUUCGCAGUCACGUUGGCUUGAUAUCCCGUCACAGCAACUCUCCCUCUGUCCCUCUGCCUCUCUCUCUCCCUCUCUCAGAAUUCGAGCUUGUCUUGUUCGUACACCAGCUGCUGCUGUCAACACGCUUCGGGCUUGUUUCCCCUCUGGGCAACCGUCAGGAUGGCCAAACGCACACCGAGCGAGCAGAUGAGCGCUGAUAACAGCGUUCAAGAAUACAAGACUUUUCUCGUCCGCCAAGGCACCAACACGGGUGCCUUUGCCCUGGCCAAAUCAUGCACCAUCCUUCUUCGUAACAUUGUCGCCAUGCACAAAUGGUCGACCGCCAAGGACCUCAUGGCCCUCAUUCGCGCUGCGGGCAAGGAACUCGACGAUGCUCGCGCAGGAGAAUCAGCCGUGGGCAACAUGAUCAAGCGCGUCCUGCGUCUGGUGCGCGAAGCUUAUGCACAAUGCGUCCGCGAGGAAAAGGGUGCUGGUGUCGAGACCAUGGCCUCGCUUCAUAACAUGUUGGUCUCGCGUGACAGUCGGGCCGACUAUGACCAUCCUUUUAAGAGCCUCAAGUCCAAUGUCAUUGUGAGCAUUGGUGAACUCUUGGAAGACCUUGAAAUGGCUGCCAAGGACAUUGCCGAACAGGCCAAAGACCACAUCCACGCCGACGAGGUGAUCAUGACAUUGGGCCACUCCCACACGGUAGAGGCCUUUCUCAAGGAAGCCUCCAACUCUCGAAGCUUCCACGUCAUUGUGGCCGAGGGCGCACCCCAGUACCAAGGCCAGCAAAUGGCCAUGAACCUUGGCAAGGCUGGCAUCGAAACCACCCUCAUCACCGAUUCCGCCAUCUAUGCCAUUAUGUCUCGCGUCAACAAGGUCAUCAUUGGCACUGCUGGCGUUAUGGCUGAUGGCGGUCUGAUGGCCAUGAGCGGCUCGCAUGCACUUUGCAUGGCUGCCAAGCACCACUCGGUUCCCGUCCUGGUUUGCUCGGCCAUGUUCAAGCUCUGCCCCAAAUACUUGUGCUCGUACGAUCAAGACGCCUUCAACAACCUCGGCUCACCGGCAAGCAUCUUUGAUCACAGCGGCGGUGAUCUGAUUGAUAAGAUCAGCGUGGUCACACCCUUGUAUGACUACGUGCCGCCAGACCUCGUCACACUCUUUAUUUCCAACCUGGGUGGCAAUGCGCCGUCAUAUGUGUACCGAUUGCUGAGCGAGUACUACCAUGAGGAUGAUUACGAGCUCUAAGCACGUCUCGAUUGUUCUCUCCCCCUUUGUCCCCCGCUCUUUUCCCCUCGCUUUGACCUCGGAUCUAGCCACCCUGCUUCACCUCCCGACUUUUUUGGGUUCUGCUUCUAUUCUCUUUUGCGCGCCUUCCUUCAGUGCCACUUACUUGGCAACUCGCCGAGGGCAGCGCCCUUGACAAUUCAAUCUCUUACACGG